AGCAUCUUAACUUUCAUCUUAUUCGAUUCCCUGUCCGGCGAACCGAAAAGAAAUCUUUUAAAAUUUUAAAAGUGAAAAGUAAAUACUGAAUUUUUGUGGAAAUGACGCCAGGCGAAAGUUUCGAUUAUGUCCAACCGCUUAUUAGCUUUCCGGAACUGACCGUUCCCCAGGUGCAACGCAUCACGGAUGUCCGCGAGUUUAUGUCCAGUCCAGAGAACUACAAUGGCGACAUUGAGGAUCUAAAGGAGCGACUGGGGGCCAAGUUUCAACAAUGCAAGGAUCUACUUAAAAUCCUCGGUGAUAGGCUGCAGUUGAAGAUAGACGAGCUCAAAGAAGUCAGGGAGGAGAUGAUAGUCCUCAGUGUUGAAAUGGAAAAACCAACGGCAGCCCUUCGUUUUGUUACUAAUCACGAAAAGAUUAAACUGAAUUGCUUGGGUGAGUCGGAGGAUAAAGAAUAUGAAAUUUCCGAUGCCCUGGGAUGGUUCAACGUCAAAUUAAGCAGAGCAAAUUGUGAAAUCUUAAGCCUGAAGAGCGAUUUGGACUAUAUUAACUAUCUGCUGAGCAUUUCCCAACUGAACAUCAAAACUGUGAUCAAGUUUUAUAAUGUUUCAAACCAAUUCGAGGAAGAGCACACUAUAUAAUUGCCAAGUCGAUAUAUGCAACAAAUAAGAAUUAAGCUACUGUAAACAAGCAAUAAAACCCAAACCUUUAGCCGAA